AAUUUUGUCUUUUUUCUGCCACCUUAACGAUACCACGUCAGCUGAGGAUGUAGGAAAUUACUGCAAGAGACAAAGGAAGUUGUGUCUCACAUAACGGUUGUUCCUUUUGUAAUAAUUGCAGUAACAGCUUGAUUUCUGCAUGUUUCAACAUCAAAAAUAUCUCAAUGUGAGCACAGCUGCUACCAGUGGCAGAAACCUUUAGAUUCUUAUCUCUUUCUUUUCGUGUCAGAAUGGCUCUCUUCCAGACUGUCCUCUGUCAGGUCCUCAGCUGGAAAGGUAUCUGUCUGGUCCUGAAUGUGGUCGCUACAGGACUGCUUGCUGCGGCUGCUGUUUGGACUUUAAAGCUGCUGGUGCGACACGCCUGGUACACCCACAAGUUGUCCUGCUUCAACAAACCACAAACACAUUCGUGGCUGGUCGGACACCUGGGCCAGAUGCAGAGCACUGAAGAAGGUCUUCUGCAGGUGGACGACUUGGUGCAAAAGUACAAACACUCCUGCUGCUGGUUCCUCGGCCCGUUCUAUCACCUGGUCAGACUCUUCCAUCCUGAAUAUGUCAGACCACUGCUAAUGGCACCUGCCAGCAUCACAGUGAAAGAUGAGCUUAUCUAUGAUCACCUGCGCCCAUGGCUGGGGCAAAGUCUGCUGAUAAGCAACGGAGAGGAGUGGUCUCGCAGGAGGCGACUGCUGACUCCUGCUUUUCAUUUUGAUAUUCUAAAGAACUACGUCGCCAAGUUUAACUCCUCCACCAACACCAUGCACGAUAAGUGGCGCCGCCUAGUGGCAGAAGGCCGCACGACGUUAGAGAUGUUCGACCACGUCACCCUGAUGACCCUGGACAGUUUGUUGAAAUGUGCCUUCAGCUACAAGAGCAACUGUCAGGAGUCAACCAGUGAGUACGUGUCAGCCAUCGUGAAGCUCAGUGACCUGAUAGUCGACCGCCGGCAAAACAUUCUACACCACUGGGACUGGAUUUACUGGAAAUCACGGCAGGGAAAGCAGUUCAAACAAGCACUGAGCAUUGUGCACAGGUUCACCAGGGAAGUGGUUCAGAGGCGCCGUGCUCUUAUUAACCAACAAAGGGAGACGGGAGCGCAGUCUGAUCGCACCACAACACCACAGAGGAAGAAAGAUUUUGUGGACAUCAUACUGCUAUCAGAGGAUGAAGAUGGACAAGGCCUGUCAGAUGAGGAGAUACAGGCUGAGGCCAACACCUUCAUGUUCGCCGGUCACGACACAACAGCCAGUGCGAUCUGCUGGACGCUGUAUAAUUUAGCACGCCAUUCGCACUACCAGGAGCAAUGCAGGCAGGAAGUGAUGGAUGUGACGCAGGGACGAGACGGACAGGAAAUAGAGUGGGAGGAUUUAUCAAACCUUCCCUUCACCACCAUGUGCAUCCGAGAGAGCCUGAGACUCCAUUCUCCUGUGCAGGCCGUGACGAGGAGGUACACCCAGGACAUGGCACUGCCAGAGGGCCACACAGUCCCACAGGGUGCAAUCUGUCUGGUCAGUAUUUAUGGAACACACCACAACCCUGCUGUCUGGACAGAUCCACAUGAGUUUAACCCUCUGCGUUUUGACCCGAGCAACGCACAGAGCCGAGCUUCUCACGCCUUCAUCCCCUUCUCCUCAGGCCCCAGGAACUGCAUCGGCCAGAAGUUUGCCCUGGCGGAGCUGCGGGUUGUCGUAGCGUUGACCCUGCUCAGGUUUCGUCUGACCCCGGGGGUGAACCCUGAACUUGGCAGCAGCACUGGGGGAGUUCGACGUCUCCCACAACUGGUCCUGCGAGCAGAGGGAGGCCUGUGGCUGCAGCUGGAGCCUCUGAACCCUCCAAAUGUGAGGGAACCAACGGACGAAUGAUCCUAUGAGAUGACAUAAAAACACAGAAGCUCUGGCUCAUUGUAAGCUAAUGUGUUGAUUUCUUUUUCAGAUUAGUUAAUCUGCUGUUUGGUCUGCAACACGUGAAGUAUGACAAAUGUUUUGGUUUGUACAAAGAUUUUCAAUUUAGUGUCAUAGAGGAGUAAAAUAAUCAAGAAAAUACGUACAUUGAAGAUCCUUUGAGGGAAUUUUCAAUGGUUUUCCACUAAUCGAUCUUUGACCUGAUUUUCAUUUGUAUUAUGUGCUUUGUUUGCCUUCUUGCUCAUUAUUAAUAAUAAUGUAAAACUGUUCAUGUGAAAGUAUGCACACUAUUAUGAGCUGUUGCACCAUUCUGUCAUUUUAAAUAAAUCCUCAGCUUAAGAACAACUCUCCUCAUUUUUAAAAAUGUCCUGUAAAGAAUGAAGGCGGUGUAUGACAUUAAAACAAAGGCGUGAAUAAAUGUGGAAAAAAAUAGUUUUUAUGGAUAUGUGGUUAAUUUGAACUCACUAUCGGCGUUUUCUACAAUUAUAGCCAUCCCCUGCAAGUGCAGUAUAUGACAAUAAAAAUAGAUUUUUCCUCACAAUUCAUCUGCAAUAGCGGCUUGUGUCCACCAGGCGGCGGGGAAAUGCCGAUUUUAAUGAGAAAUUCUCAUUUUCUAUUUAUUUUUUUAAAAAAAAGAAAGUAAAGUUUGUUUAGACUCGUGAGUGUUAAAGCCUUCAUGUUGAGUAUAAAAACUGAAAUAUGUGUGAGUGUGAAUAUGCAGAUGUGAUGAAGGAGGAGGAGACUCGGAGACGAUCGGAUGAGGUGGUGAACUUUCACUUUCAUCUUCUUCCACUUUGCACGUCAAGAAAGCAAGUUAACUCCGGCAUGGCGACAUUGUGAAGGCUUUCAACCUCCGUCUGACGCUGUGUGGUAUGUUUCUGUGGCUUCGCAGCGGAAACAGCGCCUCGUUUCUGGCCGUUUAGUUGACGAAGAUGUGGCCUGCCAUGUCGUGGCCCGGCUGGCUGUGUGUUCUCUCCGCUGCUUUUUCCGCAGGCUCCGUCCUUGCAGAGACUCCAGUCUACGGUAAGGUGGGCGGUGAAGUUGACCUCAAACCAGACGCCCAUUCUUUUCCCAACACCAUCAAGAAUGUGCUUUGGAAAGCUGGUUCUGACAUGGCCAUGGAAUGGGAUGGAACUGAAAUAUCUGGUUACCGUCACUUUCGAGAGCGAUGCCACCUGAACACGUCCACUGGAGUGAUGACAAUCACACGACUGACUGUAAAUGACAGUGGAGUGUACACACCGGAGAUCAACGGCGCUGUGGGCACUCCGAUUCAGCUCUUCGUCAUCCCUGCUGUGCCUGUACCCACUGUAUUAAAAGCCUGUGAUGAGGAGUUGACCAAAUGUACUUUGACCUGUGAUGAACAAACAACACAAGCUGAGAAAAUCACCUAUAGAUGGAAGUCUGAUGAUACCGUUGUGAUGGACUCCGAUAAGAAAGAAUAUGUCAUUGUCAAGGAGAACAGUUCAGACAUAAAAAAGUUCAGCUGUGUCCUGGAGAAUCAGGUCAGUCAUGAGAGCAGCCAACCCAUCUCAAACCCUUUCAUCACCGACACUCCACCUGUAGAGCAACUGAAAAUUUCCACUGGACUCACAGUGUUCAUCUCCCUUCUGACUGCUGUGCUGCUGCUGGGUAUCUUCCACAGAUUGAAAGCAGGGAUGUGGUUCUUCGAAAAAGCAUCCAUGCCAUGGGAAGCAGAUUUCUGGAGGAAGCAAGAAAGGCCAGCAGGAGAUGCUGCUGUGUCUAACGGCACCACUGCUCGUGGAGAGAAGGAACAGAGUGAUGAAGAAACAGCAAUGACAUAGACGGCCAGAUGACACCCAGUGACGGCCUAUCAGAUGUAUAAAAGACCACAAGCAAGAACCGAAAUGAAAAGGACAUGUUUAAGGAAUGCAAAAGUGCACAUAUAUGGUAGUUUCUUUACAAGUAGGUAUUCAAACAGUGCAAAAGCAAUGACUAAAUGAGGGUGUAGGAUCAGUCCAACAAAGUGAGGACUAUUAAAUAUUAAACACAUAGCAACUAUGAUUGAAAUUAUGUGUCCUUAGAUAGAAAAAAUAGGAUUUUUAUGUUUUAUGAUGCUUAUAAAGCCUCAAAAUGUGACUAAAAGUCAGAAUGAAGACGUCUUUGUUCUUAGUUAUUUUGAACAAACUAAACCCGAUGUUUUACAUGAGAAACAUUUAUCAGUCACAUUCUCAUACGUUUAAAAGACACUACAGAAGGACAUUAUGAGGACAAACAGAAGCUCUGCCUUAGCAGAUCUUCGUUUCUAGAUUUUCUGAGGAGGCACUACGAGUUUAAAACAAUACCAGGAAGCCCAGCGGAGAAUGUUUUCCUGCAAUAGACUGCAUACCUGACACGGACUGGUACAUCGAGCUCAUUAAACAGCGGUGGACGAUGAUUUGUGGUUUAGCUUUGGAGAAGCGCUCCGGCUGUGCGGAGGAGCUGCACUGACAGCAACAGGAAAAGGGAGGCUAUUGUCUGGUUUGAGCAACAGUCAGAGCUUUGUGUUGCAAUUUACAGCUGACUUCACAGCAGCAGAUUUGACAUGUGUUUGGGACGAAUAAGCAAAAUACCGAGAAAGCUCAGUUAUUAUCCUUGUUUUGUUGGGGUUUUUUUUCCAUUGAAUGUCUGUUAUUUUUGCAAAUCUCUUUUCAUUAUUUAGCUCUUCUUUUCUCAAUGUUUAGCUUUUUAUUCUGAGGUCAAAAUGUUUGGAUUUGUGUGUGUAAAUGCAGCAGAUGUAAGGGUUUCUUUUUGCACUUUCUUUCCUUGUAUUUAAAAUAAGCAUUAAGAAUAUUAUCCUCUUUUAAAGAUGGAAACAGGUUAUUCCAUUGUUUUACCACUCCAUGCAUUUUUAAAUUGUAAAAAGCUCCACAAACAGCAAAUGUCCAAACUUCUUUGGACAAGAUGCACUGAGAUACUUUCAUCCUGUUAGCGUAGUAUUUAUUUGGGUUUGGUGUUUUACUAUAUAAAGAAUGUCAAUAUAUUCA